UGAGGAAAUGCACCUGUCAUGGAAAAUGUGGAGAGGCGCUCCUGUCUAUCUGUCUGUCUGUCUGCGGCAAACUUUCCUUAUCUUCCGGUGCUCGGGACUCCUCAAGCAUAGAGCGCCACAGUUUUGAAGAGGGGGGCAAGAAGAGGCGCAGAAACGCUGGAAUAUGUUCAUAGCCGACAGGCGAAGAGUUUCUCGCUAGUAGUGACGCUAGCAGCCGGGUAGCGGGGGACGAGUCGACUUUAACAGCAGGAGAUCUUCUUCAUGCGACAGUGACUGAACUGAGCCAGUCAGCCUGGGCUAAGGGUUUUUUUGGUCCAAACACCAUGCCCGAGGCUGUGGACAUGGUCAACCUGGGCUUCCUGUCUGCGGCCGAGCAGGAGCUGAUCCUGGAGGUGCUGCAACGGGACGAGGAGCUGAGACAGGCCGAAGAGCAGCGUGUGCGGAAGUUGAAGGCAGAGUUGCUGGAUGUGAAGAGGAAAGGGGCCAAACGUGGCAGUGGAAGAUACAGUCAGCGCAGUUGUGGCAGAUGCCAGGAGCCUCUGAGUCGACUGACUCUUUUCUCCAGCCAGUGUAAGAUGUGCAAUCACCAUGUGUGCCGCAACUGCCGGACAGUCCUCCCCGAAGGAUCCUGGCUGUGCAGUGUGUGUGCCAAAGAGUUGGAUCUAAAGAAAAUGACAGGGGACUGGUUCUACGAUCAAAGGGUCAACCGUUUCUCCACAACGCCUGGACAUGUCCUUGUGAGAGUCUCCCUGAAAAAGAGGCCUCAGCCGAAGAAGCGUGAGACAACAGGAGAAUUGCUUUUGAGAAGUACUGAAAUAAACUCAGAUCCUCCCAUUCCUGUACCUCGGACCAUGCAGAAGAGUCAGACAGAAAAUAACAAAGGUCAUUCAAGUGAGAAUUCAGGAUCAAUUGCUUCAAGGGCAUCAUCUGAAUCGAAGGACAGUUGGUCAAAGCCGACUCAUAGUGACACAGAGUCUGCAGAAAACGCCAGUGUAAUUAGCAGUAAAACUGAGACCGACUCUGGCCGCGUGACCCCCGAGCAACCAAGGAUAGAGAGCUGCUCAGUUCAGUCCAGCCGAGCCGGAUCCAGUGUUUCCAGUAUGACCGUCCCAGUCAAAGCAGCUUUUGUUAGCGCUGAUGCCAACACAGAAGUUAACACAGAAGCUAACACUGCCCCAGAAGUAAAACCGGUCAAUCCGAGCCCGGUUUUAGAUGUUGACAGACUCUUCAAGAAGAGCAUCAAACGAGACCCAAGGGCUGCUGCAGAGUAUGUUUCGACACUGGACCUGCGUGAUGGGCCUAACACAUCUGAAGCCGCAAUGCUUAACAGGAGCCGUUCUGUACCAGGUCUAGACGUACAGCUGGAAGAUGGAGAGGAGGAGGAAGAGGAAGAUAUUGACAGCUUGGUGAGCUUUCAUAAAAGGACAAUGGCUUCCAGCUCCUCCAGCCUGUGUAGCUCAAAGAGCACACUGGGCAGCCUGAUGAGUAUUUACAGUGAAGCAGGAGACUUCGACAGUGUGGAGGUGAGCGGAGACAUCGUCUUCUCUAUGAGCUACGAAGAACAGACUGAGAGCCUCCAGGUCUUCAUCAAGGAGUGCCACGGGCUGGCCUGCGGCGAUGCCUCACGGCAGCUUUCCAACCCUUAUGUCAAAUGUUAUCUGCUCCCUGACAAAUCUCGUCAGAGCAAAAGGAAGACCAGCAUUAAGAGGAACACAGUCAACCCCGUCUACAAAGAAACACUGAAGUACUCUAUUAGUCGCUCUCAGCUGUUAACCCGCUCCAUGUUGAUAUCAGUCUGGCAUCAUGGUCGCCUCAGCCGCAACGCCUUCCUGGGAGAGGUGGAAAUCGCUCUGGACUGCCGGGACCUCAGCUCCUCGCACUUGGACUGCGUUGCUCUCAUGGCAAAGGCAGCGUCUGCUGUGCCGACGUCAGCUUUUGCUCAGUACAAAGGAGAGUUGGUGAUCUCCUUGAAGUAUGUCACACCUAAAAAGCCAACAACUGAGAGCAUCAAAGGAAAGAAGGUUUUCAACGAGGAAAGGGGAGAACUGCACGUCCUAAUUAAAGAGGCGAAGAAUCUGGUGGCAAUUAAAUCAGGAGGAACAUCAGACAGCUUUGUGAAAGGGUACUUGUUCCCAACUAAGGCUAAAACCACAAAGAGGAAGACUCCAGUUGUGAAGAAGAACCUGAACCCUCACUAUGACCACACAUUUGUGUACAAAGAACUGGCUCUGGAGCAGCUGAAGGAGAUGUGUCUGGAGCUGACUGUGUGGGACAGAGAGGCCUUGUUGAGCAAUGAAUUCCAGGGAGGAGUCCGUCUCAGCUCUGGAAAUGGCACUGUAAAAAUAGGAAAGGAGGAAGUGGAAAAGGACUCCGUUGGAGAGGAAGUCAGUCUGUGGCAGAAGAUGAUGCAGUACCCCGACUCGUGGGCAGAGGGCACUCUUCCACUGCGUUCCACUAUGGAGAGGCCUAAGGGCAAAUGAGGACAGCACAGGCCUGGACCCUCGGAAAAAAUCCUGUGACUGAAAAUGGGGAGAAGCUGUGGAGGCCUGAGACAAAUACGAGAUUGUGGAUUAAUUUCACUUUGCAAGCUUAUCAGACCAGAAGCUUGUCUACUGAAGUGAACCAGCAAACUGCUGAUUGGCUAUAAGCAGACACACAGUUCAUUGACUUGCUGAACACUAAACAUUGACUCACACCUGCCUCCCUGUAUGUGGUUCAUUAUUAGCAAUCCCCCCAACCCCACCCCCCACUGACCGCAGAAGACUGGUGUAACUGCUGAAAAUGUGCCAAAGCAUCACACUUAACCCUGGAUUUAUUUUAAGAGCACUGACAGUCAUUUUAUGUUUUUAAAAUCAGGCUGUAUAUAUUAAAGCAAUUCUGAUUCAUGAACAGCACUUAGCACAGCAGCGUUGUCAUAAUGUGUCACACUUUAUAAUUGUGUACAGAAUUACACCGAUACGUGGGAAACAAUUCAUUAUAAUAUGGUAGUACACAAAAUUUGUGGUGUUGCAUCCAACAAAUUUUGCCUACUUUAAUAAUACUGUCACGUAAAAGUAUAUUGACAUAAGUUGCAUUAAAAAAACCUUAUUUGAAAUUAUUAAAUGUCUCUUUUCAGAUAUAAAUAUAGAUUUUGAACUCAUCAGAGUGUGUUUCCUCAGAGCCAUGUUCACCUCAAGGUGUCCUUGAAUAUUCUCUUCACCCAAUAAAAGCUGUCUAAACCCAAGACAUGGUUGAUUGUCUCA